UGUCAGUUUACACGCCCAUGCGAACUUCUCCAGGCGCACUGAUUGACGAAAAGUGUUAAAUCAAGAGGAAGAACAGCAGAAAAUAUCGGUGCUCGUAGAUCUUCACUGGCUGCAGCGUCUAUGUGCUUGUGAAGUGUGAUAAACAUGGCAUCCGGAGCUGUUUAUUCGCACAGAGACCCCGUGCUGAAGAAAAGAGAUGACUUCGAGGACAUCCUGGAGGAGAGGAGGAACUCCAGCGACCUGAGAUACGCCCUCAGGUGUUACACUCCUGUUCUUUACAAAGGAGUGACGCCCUGCAAAGCCAGCAUGCUGAAGAGCAUGGUGCUUCAGUCUGAUCAGCUGCACUAUGUCAUCCGUCAGGUUUCCAAAGAGACGGGCCGGGCCGCUGAUGACGUCCAGGACGAGGCGUCGGCCAUCUUGGAGGAGAUGGCUCACUCUCUGCAGCUCAGCACCGUUCGAUUCUUUGCCUUCACGCUCAGCAAGGUCUUUAAAACCUUGUUCAGGAGCAUCUGCGUCAAUGAAGAGGGCAUCCAGAGGCUCCAGCAGGUCAUUCAGGAACACCCGGUCGUCCUGUUACCCAGCCACCGGAGCUACAUGGACUUCCUGCUGAUGUCAUACAUCCUGUACACGUACGACCUGGCUCUGCCUGUCAUCGCCGCCGGCAUGGACUUCAUGGGGAUGAAGUUUGUUGGGGAGAUGCUGCGGAUGUCUGGAGCUUUCUUCAUUCGCAGGUCGUUCGGUGGAGACAAGCUGUACUGGUCUGUCUUCUCGGAGUAUGUGAAGACGAUGCUGAAGAAUGGAUUUGCACCAGUUGAAUUUUUCCUCGAGGGGACCAGAAGCCGAACGUCCAAGUCUUUGACACCAAAGUUAGGUCUGUUGAACAUCGUCAUGGAUCCGUUCUUUAAGGGGGAGGUGUUUGAUGUGAGCCUGGUCCCGGUCAGCAUCAGCUAUGAGAGGAUCCUGGAGGAGGCGCUUUACGCCAGAGAACUGCUGGGUGUACCCAAACCCAAAGAGUCCACUUCAGGUCUGUUUAAAGCCAGGAAGGUCCUGAGCGAAGACUACGGCAGCAUCCAUGUGUACUUCGGUCAGCCCGUGUCUGUCAGGAGUUUAGCGCAGGGCAGAGUGAACCGCUGCCAGUUCAACCUGGUGCCGAGACACAUCCCAGCGAGGCCCAGCGAGGAGAUCCACGGCUUCGUGAACGACUCGGCCUACAGGCUGGUGCGGGCCCAGGAGGAGAACAUGGUCCUGAAGCCGUGGGUCCUUCUGGCCUCCCUGCUGCUCCAGGACCACCACCAGAACCAGGCGGCGGGGCGGAAGCGGGGGCUGGCGUUGGAGGAGCUGACCUCACGAGCCGUGUGGCUCAGGGACGUCUCCCGGCAGUACGGAGCCUUCCUCCACUGGCCCGACCACACGGCUCCAGCAGAGGUGGUUUCCUCCAGUCUUCACCUGCAUCGAGGUCUGCUGAGGAUCUGCGAGGGCCGAGUCCAGCUGGCACUGGAACAAGGAGGACAGGUGGGACCAGGCAGCACCGUCACUCCAGAGGAGGCGCUGUUGAGCCAGGCGGUCGUCAUACUCUCCUGCGCCUCCUACAGGAACCAGGCGCUGCACCUCUUCCUCCGCCCGGCUCUGCUGGCCUCGGCCCUCAACGCCGCCUCCUCCAACCUGAAGCAGGAGGUCUUCAACAGCUUCAGCUUCCUCAGAAACAUGUUCUCCAAUGAGUUCAUCCUCUGUCCUGGAGCUACUGUGCAGGACUUUGAGGAGGCCUGUUACCUGCUGGAGAAGACCGGGGCUCUGCAGGUGACCCAACAGGAGGUUCUGGUAACACAAAGAGGACACAGAACACUGGACUUCCUUACCAGUAUGCUGGACCCCUUCCUGCAGGGAUACCAGGUGGUCUGCAGGUUCCUGUGUGAGGAGGCCACUGAGACUCUGACAGAGAAGCAGUUCCUUCCUGCCGUCCGCAGGUUCAUCAUCAAACAUCUUCUCGCAGGCAGACUAAGGCACACUGAGGUGUUGUCGUCUGACCUCCAGAAGAACAGUCUGGCAGCUCUGCUGAGACUUGGAGCUGUUCAGAAAAUCAAAGGGGCGGAUCAGGGGACUCUGAAGGUCAACAAGGUGAUGGUGAACUCGCUGGAAGACACUUUAGGAGGAAAACUGCCGACUCAGAAAGCCGUCGCCGCUCGCCUCUGAUUCGUCCUCCUCGUUAGGGCGACGGAGACGUCUCGAACCUUCUUCCCUGAAGUCGACGUCGUCGGUCGGCCCGACUCCAAACCGCUUUCUGUGAGAGGUGGAACAAAGAGUUUCCACCUGGAGACAGCUCAGCGCCUUUUAUCUGCUUCUCUUCUCUCCGUGUGACUUUCUCCUAAAAAACUUUUUAUAUGUAGAAGCUCAUGAAGCCGACGCUCAGCCGAGCGUCUGAAGCUUCGUCAUGAAGCCGUUCGGCUCACUCUGAAUGACCGACCUUUCGCCGUGAGCAGGAUGUUCCAGCUGUUCUCCGCCAGUGAUUCGAUUCUUGGCUUUCCUCUUCCUCUCUGUCUGCUGUCCGUCUGAGCUGCAGCCUCUUUUCUCUUCUUCUUGUCUCUUUUGUUCGGAGCACUUUAAUUUGUUCAUGCGUUGUGCUGUGGACCCACAUCGUCACACAUGUUUUCUAUUUCUCUGGUUGCUAAAAUGGGUAAAAAGCUUUGGGGAGGUUUCAUAUUUUAGAUUUUGGUUCAAGAAAGAACAAAAGAAUUGAGCUGAAUGUGCCUCAGACUCGAUUCUAAAAGCUUGCACCAGGUGGCGCUGUUUAAAGCCUCCUGGUUCGGGCUGUUUACACCGUGGAGACGACGCUCUCGGCUGACGCCAGUGUCGCAUCGCUGCCAAACUCCAUUUGAAAGUGCAGUAACUUGUACUGAAGCACUCCCAGCCGCACCAAAGCAAACGUCUGCUCUCUGUUGGAGGUAGUUUACGUGUUUUCUCACGUCCGGAAUCGUUCGUGAAGCUGCUUCAUAGCUGCAGAUUUUUUUAAAGUAGGAAUAUAUUAAAGUUGUUUAUCGUGAAAAGGACACAGACUUGAUAUUAUUUGUUACAGGAAGGAAGAAAAGGCAAAAAUAAAGGAGAGUAGGAGGGAUGCUAAUAACAGAAUAACAGGUCAGAGCUUUAAAGCAUCAGGCCAACGGUGACUCAGGAUCAUUCAUUUAAUUUUUAUCAAAUUUUCCACAUUAGAUUAGUGAAAAAAUCCUCGUUAUGAAACUAUUUAUUGGUGGUGAAUUAGCCGUGUUCACACUGGUUCCAGUGUUGCAGCAGAUUGAGGUUUUACAGAACAGGUGGAUCCGAACAGCUGCAGGUUCUCUGGGACGGUUUCAGGUCCUGGACCAGGAUUCGCUAAAUGUUUAAUAUCGGUGCCAAUCUGAGACCCGAGUUUGCCGAGAAGACCAACACGUUUUCUGAUGCAGCUCUGAAAAAGCCAAAUCUCUCAAACUCGUCAUUCAGAGUUUAGUCUCGACACAAAGUGGCCAAACAAGAACUUUGAUGAACUUUACAAACUACGAUCAUCUGAAAUUAGCAAAUAUAUAUCAGGAUAAUGAUGGGGAGUGUCUAAUUCAAAGCCACUUUUAUGCUUGGCGGGGGUCCUGGUUGGUUCUCUCCCUGACUCCAGUUCUUCUCUUGAUCUGUUAAUAGUUUAACACACGAGAGCUUCAUCAGAACGCAUUCAAAUAAAAGUUUUGGCUUUUUUCCCGCUGAUGCCACUAAAAUAAGAUUUGGCAGUUAUAUGAGGGGUGGGGGCUAAAACACCAACCAACUAAACUCCACAUGUUAAAGUCCACUCAGCAAAAAGACCACAGUCAAAUAUCCAAAUCUCUGAUCGCCAAAACUAAACGUGUUCUCAGGCUUCGCUCACUGAGGUCAGCUAUCAGUCAACUGCAGGUCGACACGCCCGCAGCUCGACACGCCUGCAGGUUCACACGCCUGCAGCUCAACACGCCUGCAGGUCCACACGCCUGCAGGUCCACACGCCCGCAGCUCGACACGCCUGCAGCUCAACACGUCAGCGUGUCAGUCAGUGACUGUUUGCGGUUCAGCAUCAGUGCAGCUUUUAUACUGUUUGAUGUCUAAAUAUUUGACUCUGUGUGUGUGUGUGUGUGUGUGUUCCUGCAUAUAAUCCUGUUUUUGUGUGUGUGUGUUGGGUUUGGCCUUUUCGUACUGAAUGUACAGGCUGAUAAAACUAAAGCAUGUUAAUAAAGUUUUUUAAACA